AUCACGUCUCCUCCAUAUGAACACCAGAAAAUCCAACGACCUAAGAACCUGGACUCUUUCUCAUCCAGGUUCAUCCCCAUCCAAUGAUCUCAUUAAAUCAACCAUUCUCUUUCCUCAUUUUUCUACCCACUUGAACCUCAAAACCAUUUGCCAAUACACAGAAGGAAGAGUGAUUGAAACAAGGGGAAAAGGCCUUUUUGCUAGAAAAUGGAAAUUACAAAGGCAAAAAUGAAGGUAAGUUGUAAUAGCAGCAGUCUUAGAAAAUCAGAGAAACAAGAGGAGUAUCACGUUGUUCAUAAACUUCCAUCUGGUGACAGUCCUUAUGUCAGAGCCAAAUAUGUUCAAUUGGUCGAGAAGGAUAAUGAAGCUGCAAUAGUUUUAUUUUGGAAGGCGAUAAAUGCUAGAGACAGAGUAGAUAGUGCACUCAAAGACUUGGCAGUGGUUAUGACACAACAAGAUAGGGCUGAAGAGGCAAUUGAAGCUAUAAAGUCCUUUAGGGACUUAUGCUCCAAACAAGCCCAAGAGUCACUAGAUAAUGUCCUUAUUGAUCUAUAUAAGAAAUGUGGGAGAAUAGAUGAGCAAAUUGAACUGCUGAGGCAUAAGUUGAGGAUGAUUUACCAAGGAGAAGCAUUUAAUGGAAAACCGACCAAGACAGCUCGUUCCCAUGGAAGGAAGUUCCAGGUUACCAUAAAGCAAGAGACGUCCAGAAUAUUGGGGAAUUUGGGUUGGGCCUAUAUGCAGAAAACAAACUAUGCAGCCUCUGAAGCUGUUUAUCGUAGAGCACAGCAGAUAGACCCCGAUGCUAACAAGGCCUGCAAUCUGUGCCUGUGCCUUAUAAAACAAGAAAAAUAUGAUGAAGCAAAAUAUGUUCUUGAAGAGGUAUUACAUGGCAAAUUUCCUGGUUCAGAUGAUCCCAAGUCAAGAAAUCGAGCUGAGGAGCUUCUAAAGGAGUUAGAACCUUGUAAGUCCAUGGCUUCGGCUUCACCUUCUUUAAAACCGAAUUUGGAAGAUGCAUUUGUGGCGGAACCUGAUUGGUUAAUAAACCAAUGGACACCUGUCAGAUCAAGAAGACUACCCAUUUUUGAAGAAAUAAUAUCAUACAGAAAUCAACUGGCUUGUUGAUUUUUUUUCUUGUGCUCGAUCAGGUUUUCUGUGUAUAGUCAUACGUUUAUUCAGUUUUAAAAAGUUGUACGUGUUUGUAACAAAUAACAUCGACAGAGAAUGGGUGCUGAAUGAGAUUUUUUUAUUUUGGAAAGGUUCAGGAUCUAAAUGUGAGGGAAAAGAUGUAGUUACUUGUCCUUGGAUAGUUUAUCAUAGGUUUAUCCAUAAUAAUGAAAUCUUUA